AACAAAAUAGGAAGGCAUGACCCAAAGAUAACUGAUUUUGAUGAAAAAUAAGCAGAUGAAGGUGAGAUUCAUAAAGAUAUAAAAGGACUCUUUGGAGAUCUAAAAGGGAUCAAAGCUCAAUUUUUGUAGGGAGGAAUUGCGGGCGACAGAGUAAGUAGAAGACGGCCAUGACUAAAGAAGACUGUAUGGAGAAAGACGAAAUGGAUUCGCUGUUUGAGGGAAUGGUUCUCUUCAAUCCGAGUGCAGAUGUCGGACAUCAUGCCCAACUAUCCACCAUAGCUGAUGCGGAUGCGGAUGCAUCCGCUUCUUCCCCAUCGCAGGUACCUAAUGAACCCCUUGAUGAGAACCUUUUCUCGGAUCUCACUCUCAUGACUCCCUCUCAAUCCCUACUGCUUGAUGAAGAAGAAGAUGAAACUCAAUCUCCAUCUGAUCUGGCGUUGGUAUCUCGGCAAAAUUCCAGUAGGAGAAGAAAAAAAGCUGGAUUAAGGAUAGGAUAUGGCAGAGAUAGAGAUUAUGCUGACCAUCUGCCACAAUCGUCCCAUACCCACCUCAACUCUCCCUCUGACAUAAGCUCCGUUCUUGCUGCUAUUCAAGAUAAAGAAGCAAACCAAGAACAAAAAUUUGAACAGGAAGCUGAGGAGUCGAGGGAUGAAGAAAAGAACAUCUCUUCUAUCACCACAGCCAAAGAGCAGGAUUCCUCAACAGAAAAGCUUAACAAUGGCACUGACUCUCUCAACUACCCUAAUAAAAAGCUUAAUUUGUCCUCGGCUAAUCCUAUUUCAUCUACACUUGAUGACGACGAAUACAUGGAUGCUGGUCAUCUAAAUGUUAAAGCAAACCCAGUGGAGUUGAAAUUCGAUCAAAUCAGAGCCACCAUUGCAGACAAGCUUAAGUUGGCCCAGGAGGCGGUAAUCUCCGUCUCUGCACUGCGGAAAGAAUCUAUCCGAAGGAGAAGAGAAGCUGUCGAAGAAUUCAAUGGGGCAUCUACCCACCAUAGGGACUUGGAGAAGAAGCUGGAUGAAGCUUGUGAAGCAGAGGAUUUUGAGACCGCUGAAAGGGUCAGUGAGAAUCUUGCUUCCGCGGAGAAGGAAAAGGAACAGUCGGUCAUUCUCCUCAGAGAUGCCGAGACAUACUGUGAUGUCAUUGACACUAAGAUGCAGGACGUUCUUGUGUCCCUUAUUCAAGCUGAGGAGGAAUGUGUUUAUUUGCUACGAAGAUUUUCAGAGGAAGCUGCAAGUAAUGCAGAUUCAAUCCUGAUGGAUGCAGAAACAAUAUCUUCAAAAGAUGGUGCUGAGUGGCUUUCAUCAGUUGAAGCCAUAGAAGUCAGCAAAUUUGAAUUAGAAAUUCAAUCCCAACUAGUUCACGGAGCUAAAUCUGUUUUGAAUGAAUCAAUUGAUCACUCAGUGGAGGAUGAUCGGAGGGAAAUAGAUGUUCUUUGCAAGAGAAAAGAAGUAUUGGCAGAGGAACUGAGGGAACUGCUUGCCUUUGUGAAAGAGAAGGAAGCAGAAAUAGCAGAAAAUGAUGGUCUCAUUCAAAAAGUUGAGCAUAGGAUUGAUGGGGUUGUCUCAUGCUUUAAGGAGGUUCAAGAAAGUAUAUAUAAUAAUUAUGAUAAAUUGCAGUCACACCUUUCUGAGCUGAUGGCUGAGAAUGAUGUUUUACUGAAAAGAAAGAAAGAUAUUGAUAGUUACCUUUCUCAGCAAGAAUCAAGAGGAGAAAAGAUUAAGAAUCUUUCCAGGAUUUCUGCAGAUGAAGCAAACAUGUAUGAAGAAGUUGUUGGUCUUAGAAAGAGUCUGGCUGUGUUCAUCUCGAAAUCCAAGGCCUAUAGACUGAACCUUGCCAAAAGUGAAGAAAGGAUUUCAGAGGAGGUGCAAAUUCUCAAGCAGGAUUUUUUUGCUGCAAGAGCUUCACUUCAGGUGUUAUCUUCAACUAAGUCAAGCAUCCAGCAGGAAGUUGAAUCCUGUAAGCAGCGCCUUCUUUUCAUUGACAGGAGACUUCCGGAGUUGGAGGCAGAGAAGAAGGUUGCUGCUGCUACAAGAAAUUUUAAAGAAGCAGCACGAUUAUCUGCAGAAGCUAAGGCCUUGUGCAUUGAAAAGGAAGAAAUACAGAGGAAAAUGGACAGUACUGAGUCAGAGCUUAAGAAGCUUGAGGAAGAAAUAUGCCACACGAUUGAUAGGAUGCAAGAAACUGAAGUGCAGAUUUCAUCGAAGGAAAAAGAGUUGGCUAUGGCUAGAUUCCGGAGGCUAAUUCUAAUUGCUAGAGAGGCUAGAGCUGAGAGAUCAGCUGCUUUGGAGUUGGGUGAUCAUGAAGAAGCUGAAUCUUUAAUGGCAGAGGCUGAUGCUGCGGAGGUUGAAGCAAGAAAACUUCAACCAAUUUACAAUUUCAAUGAAGAAGCGAUUGAAAAUUUACCGGAAGUUUUCAUAUCAGCUGAGCUUGUAUCCACGCUUGGUAACAAGCAAUUGGCUGAGUUGGCUGCUUCUGCAAUAUAGCGGCAUCAUGAAUUAUAUGCUAACUUAACUAAUGAAAGACUUUUGGCUUGGGUUUUACUGGCAGCUUUUCCUGACAUGAAUAAAGCAUUUGUGAGGAACUUGUUGGUGAUAAUGACUUUUCUGAAAAGCACAAAAGACAAAAAUGGCCUUCUUGGAGAGGGUGUGGGCGCUAGUGAUUAUAAUUCAUAGGGUGUUUAACUCCUUGGCAAUAACUUGCUGAGGUGGAGACUACAUGGCGUGCAACCAGAUAUGAUGUGAAAGGUAAUGUCUUUAGUAUAUAAAGGUCGAAGAAAGUUAAACAGUAAGUUCACUUUGGGUACACUCUCUGUGUGUUUUUUGAGGCAACAAAUCCGUGCAGAUCUAUGAAAAGUUGGAAUUGGUUUGAUCUACAUUUUUUCGCUUCUUGAUAGUAUUGUAUAAUGCCUUAAGAUGAACAACCAUCAUCGCAUUUCAUGUUGUUUAAGAGAAUGGAAAGUGUGAAAUUUAAGGCCAAAAAAACAAUUGGAUAGCAUGCUUUUGUACCAAUUCUGUAAAAUGAUUGUAAACCAUCGAAAGGGCAUAUAUUAUGGGGGACAAACAUAGUGGAUGAAGUUUUUAUAGCCACGGAAAUGUUACAAGUGUUGUAGACAUAAAGAGUCUGCAAACAAUAUUUGGUCAGGUGCAGCAUUUUCUUUAU